UCCAUUGCUGAUAGGCCCAGGGUGUGUGACCUGUGAUAGAGUCAGUGUGGACUCUGAGAUUCAGAUUGGGACUUUCUUUCUUUACAGCUCUAUCUGUCUAAGAGUAAGGGUUGUGUGUGUUGUAAGUAGUCUGUAGCAAACGUGAUACAUGGUGAAGGAUGACACUUUUUGAGGGUAAGGUGAUGGCUUUCUUGAGCAUUGCCAUUUCAGCUGGAGUACUAGUUGCACAGGAGCAAGCUAAAAACAUCCAUCUUCUUUCUCCAGAAGAGCAGAAAUUCAUUCAAAACUUCGGACAUAAAGGGUUACCCAGGGACUGUCAUGAGCUGUGGGAAAGUUCUGGAGGUCAGGUCCGGGAUGGUGUCUAUAUAAUCAAGCCCAGAGAUUCACCCAUCGUAGCUUUCUGUGCCAUGCAGGAAGGUGGCUGGACUGUGAUCCAGCACAUCACAGUCAAUAGCAGUGUGGACUUUGACCGCUCCUGGGAGGAGUAUAAGUUGGGCUUUGGAACCUUGACUGGCAACCAUUGGCUGGGCAAUGAGUACAUCCACCAACUCACCAGUGGACCCAUCCGCUACAAGUUGGGCAUCAAACUGGUGGACAAAGAUGCCAUAACCAAAUCAGGUGAAUAUGACCCAGCACUGGUGGAAGGAGAAGAUGCACAGUACAGGUUGCGUCUGGGCUUGUACCAUGGCACUGCUGCAGAUGCUCUCACUCUGGACCCAGAGAACUACCUCCACGAUAACCAGAAGUUUACCACCAAGGACCGUGACAAUGAUAACUAUUUCCAGAACUGUGCCAAGCUAGAGUUCCAGGGAGUUGCAGGUGGGGGGUGGUGGUAUGACGCUUGUGCCGGUGCCAACCUCAACCGCCGGAACGUCAUCUAUUGGCAAAAGGACUGCAACAAGGAGCACCUGUGCAAAUAUGCCUGGAUGAUGGUAAAGCCUUCAGAUAUGGUCAAAAUCGUGCAUCCCGCAGAUUGCAAAAGGGAUGAGCUCUGAGCUUAUUGCAUAGCAUUCAGUGUGUGAGAGGGCUGAUCUGUACAAAAUCAUGAAAAGUUUUCUCUUUGAUCAUUUGAUUUAAAAAUAGCAUUCAGAAUGUGGUAGGGCUGAUCAGCAGAACAGUUAUGAUCAAUAGUCUCUUCAUCAUCUGAUAAAAAAUUUGCAUUUAGACUGUGGGAGAGCUGAUCUUCAGGAAAGACAGGAUAAAUUUUCUCUUGAUCAUUUGAUAAAAACUCAGGUAACUGAGAAGGACUGGGUCUUAGAAAGCAUUUAUUAGCAGAUCAAUUGUGAGGUUCUUUUAUAUAGAUCAAAAUACUAUAAUUGUGUAGGGAUUAACAAUGUUUUGAAGUAGAUCUAUAUUUUUGCAAAUCAUACAUACAAAGAGGUUUGCAAUAGAGGGCACAAAUAAUAAUAAUAAUAAUAAUAAUAAUAAUAAUAAUACAGCUGAGUGAUAGUUUAUUACCUCCAUUGCGACUUAUAAUGUUAAUAAUAUUUAAUGUAAUAUUGUGAUAUCGCUGUUUAAUUGAUAAACUCAAAUAUCCUUUAAAAAAUCUUGACGUAAUCUAAAUAUAUGAUAAUACAUUAAAACAAAUAGGGAUCUUAUAAACAAAACAGCAAAAAGGGGUGCAGUUAAUGGGUUUACUAAUCAGUUUAAUUAAAAAAAAAAAGAUGGAAUUGCAAAUACAUUGCACAAAAAUAUUAACUUGAGCACCAAAGACUCCGACUCAGAACAUAGGUCCUGUUUGCUGUAGUCCCCCCUCCUCCCCCCUUUUCAUUUUUGCACAGGUUUUAUUUUUUUUUUGCCAAUCUUAUAUUUUGUACCUCAACACUUUGAGCUUGUGGCUCUUAUUUGUUUCUUCUAUAAUGAAUGUAAAAGGCAUUUGAUGGGCAUGUACAAUCUUGAUCAAGCAUUUUUUCCCAUUCAGAUUAAAGUGUAAUUUCCAAAAUA